ACCGCCGGCGCGCAAUAUUCAACAUUUCCUUGCAGAACAGUCUGUCCUGUGGGAUUCAGUUAGUAAUUUAUUUGUUUUUGUAUAACUGUUUUAUUGUUUUUUUUUUUAACUGUCACGUCAUUCAAUACAAUGGACUGCCUGGACCUUCCAAGAACUCUUCCAAAUUCGCCGAGGAAAGCUCGGGGACAGAUUCAGGUCAUUUUUGGACCGAUGUUUUCAGGCAAAAGCACUGAACUGAUGCGGAGAGUGCGCCGUUUCCAAAUAGCCCAGUACAACUGCUUGGUGGUCAAAUAUGCCAAGGACACACGUUAUUCUGACUCAGGCAUGGCCACACACGACAAAAACACAAUGGCAGCUGUUCCAGCCAAUCGUCUGGGAGAUGUGCACUCACUGGCAUUGCAAGCCUGUGUCAUUGGAAUUGAUGAAGGACAGUUUUUUCCAGACACAGUGGAGUUUUGUGAGGAAAUGGCCAAUUUAGGGAAGACAGUCAUUGUAGCUGCUUUGGAUGGAACCUUCCAGCGAAAGCCUUUUGGUAACAUCCUGAACCUCGUCCCUCUAGCGGAGAGUGUGGUGAAGCUCAACGCCGUCUGCAUGCAGUGUUACAAAGAAGCUGCCUACACCAAGAGGAUAGGGGCAGAGAAGGAGGUGGAAGUGAUCGGUGGAGCGGACAAGUAUCAGGCGGUGUGUAGAAAGUGUUACGGAGGUCUGGUGCAGGACAAAGAGAACAGCGCUCCUCUCAGGAAUGAAACUCCACAACAAUGUCUCACAGGAAAAGUUGCAGACCCCAGAGUUCCCAGGAAGCUUUUCUCCGCUCUCCACCUCUGAAUACACAAAUAAGACUUGUUUCAGAUGUUGGGUGGAGAGUAGAGAUCCAGGCAUUGACUUUAGUUUCUUGUAUGUGGGUCCUUUUUUUUUUUUUUUUUUUUUAAGCCUUUGUCUUUGCAAUGUAAUUGGUAUGAAGGUUUAUUCUUAAGAUUUAACUUGAAUAGGUCUAGCAGUGCCACAUAAUUACAAAAAUGAAAACCAAUCAAUAAUGUGGCAAGGCUUCACUGCAUUAUAUAUCUGUGUAUAUAUAACCAUUUCAAAUGUAAGAUUUUAAUUUAUUAUUGAUUAACAAUGUAUAAUCAGCCAGCUAUCAUUAUGGGAAGUUUGGCUUGUAUUUUUCACCAUGUACAGGAGGUCAGUGGUGCUGAGAUAAAUGUAUUAUUUCAGAACACAGGGUCUGAUUUUGGUUAUUUCUCAAAGACAUCCAUAGAAACAUUUGAAUUCCCCUUUCCUCACACUUUUAAAAUUAAAAGGAUUUUACCUCUGUG